CCAGUAAACUCGAAUGCGAUGCGCCGAUCAGCUGAGUCCAGCCGCUCGGCGCGGGCGGUUGGAGCUGACCUGUGCUGGCGGUUGGAGCUGACCUGUGCUGGCGGCGGGAAGUGCUGACCUGUGCUGGCGGUUGGAGCUGACCUGUGCUGGCGGUUGGAGCUGACCUGUGCUGGCGGCGGGAAGUGCUGACCUGUGCUGACGGCGGGAAGUGCAAUCAUGUUAAUUCGCAUCCUCAGCUGGAACAUCAACGGAUUGCGGUCAUUCAAGACGAACAUGAAGCAAUUCCUUGAUUCUUUAGAGGCAGACAUCAUUUGUCUUCAAGAGACUAAAGUAACCCGUGACAUGCUAGAAGAACCUCUGGCUAUUGUUGAGGGAUAUUCAUCUUAUUUCAAUUUUUCCAAAAAAAGAAGUGGAUAUUCUGGAGUUGCCACGUUUUGCUCUCAUCAAGCUACUCCUACUCAUGCUCAGGAAGGCCUCACAGGUAAACAUACUGGUGAACUUUUUGAUGGAGGAGGUACUACUGAAGUUCUCGCAGGGCAGUGGAAGGAGGAGGAGCUGAAGAACUUGGACAGUGAGGGACGAGCUGUCAUCACACAACAUCUUAUGAGGGUAAAUUGGAUCACUGUCAGAUUAGUGUUUGUUUUCAUGUGUGGUCUGUUUUUUUAUUGGGUAAACCCUACUGGUGAACUUUUUGAUGGAGGAGGUACUACUGAAGUUCUCGCAGGGCAGUGGAAGGAGGAGGAGCUGAAGAACUUGGACGUGAGGGACGAGCUGUCAUCACACAACAUCUUAGAGGGUAAAUUGGAUCACUGUCAGAUUAGUUGCCCACGGGGGGUCCAGAUAGGAUACAAUAUUUCACAACUACAGUCCUUAGAGCUGCCUAUAGAGUCAUUCCUUAAAUCUCAAGGGCUUAUACCUCUAAAUGUGUUCCAUGGUGUAAGUAGCAUCCACCUAUCUUCAUCAUACAAUCAGGAACGUUUUGUCCUUGUGUUUAACUUGUUGAGCUUGAUCUUCCUGCUGUUGGAGGACCAGCCUAUGGGGAAGGUGUUUGACUUCAAGUUGGUUCUGGAGUUCGUAGAGUCGAUGCUGCAGGGCCCUAAUGGCCUCCACACGGAAGUCCCAAGCACUAUUAGGGAACGAAUGCUUAUAUAUCACUGCGAUGAGGGCCUUCUCGAGGACAAGACCAUCAUCAUCACCCAGGCUGAUGAAGGUGGGGGUAUAAUGGUUAUAGGUAAAAGUGAAGACUUCCUGCUUAAUCUCAGAAAGAAGGUGGAGAGCAUAGCCACACGAUCAGACUCUGCACUCUCUUCUAAUAAGUUUCUCAUAUUACCGUCAUGUAACAUUUCCCAAGCGCUCAGCAGAUACUUUGGCAGAUCAGCGAACAUCGAGCUGACACCUUGGCGGGACAUAUGGAAGAAGCAAGGUAUCUGCCGAACUAGAAAGAAGCAGAAACCUUCCCACCCAACUUGUGGGAUGAUCUAUAAACUCUUGAGGUUUGAUGUAUUCUACUCUAGGGCUGCAAAAAUUGAAGAUCAAAAAGGGGGAGUUGAGUCUGCCCAAAAUAAUCAUAUGUGUAGUUCUCAGCUUGAUGAGUUGAACAAAAUUAAUGAUGGGCUCAAAUUACCUGAGAACAGUUCCUGUAUCAUCACUGAAGGAAAUGAUUACUCAGGAGCAGAAUUGAAAAUCAAGACAAGAGAAGAAGAAUAUGGGGGUGAGCAGCAGUCUGAUGAAGCUCUACUUUCUUCAAGCACAAACUUCCAGGUGGUUGAUACAUUCCGAUACUUUUACCCACAGAAGGAGAAAGCUUUUACUUGUUGGCAUACCCUCUCCAAUUCUAGAGCUACGAAUUAUGGGACUAGGAUUGACUACAUUUUUUGUGAUCAAGAUUUUUUGACAUAUUUAAGAGAUGGGCAGGUGCAGCAGGAAGUUUUGGGGAGUGAUCACUGCCCUGUUGCGAUUGUAAUAAAUGGGGAAAUAACUCCAGCUACUAAACUACCUUCGUCAUGCACUAAAUUCUAUCCAGAAUUUCAGGGCCAGCAGCAGAAAUUGUCAUCAUACUUUCAGCCUGUAUCUUCUAGUACAAAGGCUAACCAGAACUUCACUUUGCAAAAAAAUAGAACUUGGCCUCAGAAUAGCGUCAAAAGAAAGGCUGAAGUUAAGAAAUCAGCCAGUAAGAUGGCAUGUACAGAAAAACAAAAGAAGUUAAGCUCGUUCUUUGCUGUUAAACAGAGUUGCUCAUUUGAUAGAGAAAAUGAAAAAAAUGAAAACCCAACACAUCAGAAUCAUGUUGACGUGGAUUUUGCAGCUCAUAUCGAUAAGGAAAUAAAAACUGAUGAUUUCCAGAACAUAUCAUCUCAUGAAUUACCUCUGUCACAAGAAAGUAAAGGAAACCCAGUUAAUGGAUCACAGAAACCUCCCACUCAGGUGAAAAACACAGGUUGGAAUUUCUUGAUGAAAGGCCCAAAGUCCCCUCCUCUUUGUCCAGGACAUAAAGAGCCAGCUGUAUUAAGAACUGUCAAAAAAAAGGGACCAAAUAUGAAUCGUCAGUUUUAUGCUUGUGCAAGAGGAGCAGGAAAAGAAGGAGACCCAGAGGCUCAGUGUAAUUUUUUCAAAUGGGUUGGGAAGUAGGAUAUCUGCAUUAUUUUUAUACAACAAGUGCUUCAAUUUUCAUAUUUUAUAAAGUAAAAAAAUAUAAUUCAUUGUGGAAUCUCCCUUCUCAUUGCUUGAAUUACUCAUGUUCAUAAUUCAGAGUU